AUGCCGCCAAGAAACCCCCAGUCUCUGAGUACAUAUGAGCUUGUCAAAGCAGGGUCAAGGCCAUCUGUCUCAAGAGGAGGAGUAACAUUCAUAUCAUCAGUAGGUGGCACCUCAAUAUUCGUAUGCAAAGUAUACGCCUCAAUAAUAGUCUUCGAAGUGACCUCUAUAGUAGCUACUGCCUUUACCUCAGAAGGACGAGGCAUCUCUGCCUCUGUCUCUACCAGAUUGGGCACAUCAAUUAACUCAUCCUCAACAUCUCUCGUCCAUCCAGAAGCAGAUAAAGAUUAUCUAUGUCCAAUAGUGCGGGUCUCACUGAACUUAACGCCGUCGGCUGCCAGAAACAAAAAGAAAGCUUGUUUUUUCAAAUCUACUAGGAAAAUGUCAGGUGAGGAAGCUGUUGUUGUAGCUGAGCCUGUUGCUGCUGCCGCACCUGGAAUUCCAGGUGAGCCAAUGGACAUCAUGACUGCCUUGCAACUUGUGCUCAGGAAGUCACUGGCAUAUGGAGGUCUUGCACGCGGCCUUCACGAAGGUGCAAAAGUAAUUGAGAAGCACGCAGGACAACUUUGUGUUCUUGCAGAAGACUGUGACCAACCUGACUAUGUUAAACUAGUCAAGGCUCUUUGUGCUGAGCACAAUGUUAGCCUGCUGACAGUUCCCAGUGCAAAGACACUUGGAGAAUGGGCUGGUUUGUGUAAGAUUGAUUCCGAGGGAAAGGCUAGAAAAGUUACUGGCUGCUCCUGUGUGGUUGUCAAGGAUUUCGGGGAGGAGCAUGAAGCCUACAAUGUUGUUCUGCAGCACGUGAAAGCUCAAUAA